UGACCAAGCAACCAACAUGCGCCAGCUAUUCCACCCACCUACAUGCUCGUUCCUGUCGCCGCCACGACCAGCAUCCACUCAGCCAGAGAGCCGUCGUCACCACCUUCGCAUCGUGCUGGACAAGGCGACUGAUCUCCCCGUGGGGGACUCGAUCCUCGCCGGCGGCGCAAGUGACCCGUACUUGAAGUUCUCGUUUGGAGCCCAUCGUAUCUGCAGUACGGUGGUGGUUAAGUCAUUGAAUCCGAGUUGGCGGCGUGAGCAAUUCGAGUUUGUGCUCACAGAGGACGAGAUCCAGACGCACCAGCAUCUUCAGAUCGAAGUGAAAGACUACGACAUGGCCAAGUCCGACGACCUCCUCGGCACGCUGGCGUUCGACAUAUCGGCAUGGCAAGGCGCGACUACUCUGACCGACAUGACCAUUCAAGCGUAUCCCAUUGAAACGCCCAAAGUCUAUACCAGCCAGCGAGUGCAGCCGCUUCUGUACGUAGGUGUGGCGUUGCUGUCCGAACUAGACGCGACGGACUUGGUCGUGAUGCAGAUAUGGGAACAUCAACGCCGCGGGGUCACGGGCGGAUGGCACCACUCGCACCUCAAGUCAAGUGACCCGUUGCCGUGGUCGAGUGACCAUCGCUCCCACGUUGGCGGCGUCUCGUUUGUAGACGCGGUGGAGGCCACGCCCGCGGGGUACAAGGAGGUUGGUCCAUGGGAAUUCAAAGUGGCCGUCGGCGACCCCGACGGAUGGGUGUAUGCGGUGUCGGCGGACGGACCAUGGGCCGACCAGCGCCUCCUGACGUCGAACGUGCGCAGACGGUUGUGGGCGCGUCAAUGCCGCCGAGACGCACUUGAAGGAGUGCUGUGUAUGGUGGGUGAAGAGAAAGGCGGCGAAGGUGCGCCAUAACGACAGGCACCAUGGCUACAUACACAUAUCUCGUACCUGCAAACGUCGGGGUACUGUACUACAGUAAGAUAUUUACGCUAUUGGCAAUCGCCGCACGAGAUACUAAAGCAAGGGAUCCAUUGAACAAUCCGCCGUCCUCGGGCACGUGUACCACAUUUAUGUUAGCGUUUUGUAUCUGGUAAAAUGACAAUACACCAACCAUCCAUUUAGUUGGUCUCCACGGGAUGGUUG